AUGUCACUUGACCUUCGACGCUUUAUCGAACGACUAAUUACUUUAUACCAGGCACCGAGUGAGUCUCAAGAAGCGCGGUUCUUGCUCAUCCUAAAGUCCAAUAUACCAGUAGGUAUGGAACUCUGGCUACAAUAUAAACGACGUAUUGCGUCAUUAGAACAAAAACCUUAUGAAGAGAAGAAAGUAAUAGAAAUGUGGGAAGAUUCACCAACUUCUUCGUGUGGUAUGGACGCGUUUGUGACGCUACUGAACGCUGCCUCGUAUAACACGACAUUAUUUGAAUGUUUGGCCGAGGUGGUCACUCCUUCGCGUGAACUAGUCAUACGAUGGAUGGCCCCGUAUUUAAGAAGAUUCAGUAAAUAUAUUCCAGCGCAGAAUAUGUGGCUUUGCGAUUUACGACGAAUGGGACCAGAGUAUAUGAACAGGGAUGUUGGAGAGAUGUAUCUGCGACAGGGAAUCUGUGAGUGUGUUGAUGUAUUAAGACAAUUUAAUGGUAGAGAGCAAGUGAUUAAUGUCGCUUUGGAAAUAUUAGAGGGGGUGGAAAUGCCAAUGUACUUGAAGGUUAUGUUAAGAGGAAUCACUGAUGAAGAGACUCCGUGGUGA